GAAAAAUAUAUUUUGGACUGUAUCUGUUGUCUUUCCUUCUAUCUUCCCAUUCUUUCUCUGUCUCAUUCUUUAGGUCUAGCUUGGGAUAUUGGAAAGAACAUCAUAUAGGCUUUAGUGACUGUUUAUCCUCGCAAGUCUGGAAAACAGCUUGAGUUAGUUUUGAUUGAUAACACAUUCCUGCUACAGGUUUUUGUUGAUGGAAAUGUCAGAAGAUGAUAUUAAUACAGAAGAAUAUCCCACUGAAAUUCAUGAGUAUCUUGCAGCAUUUGAAAAAUCUCUUGGUUCUGUAGAUGAGAUGCUGAAGACAAUGAUGUCAGUUUCUAGGAGUGAGCUUCUCCAAAAGUUAGAGCCUCUUGAGCAAGCAAAGCUGGAUUUGGUUUCGGUGUACACGUUAAAUUCAAUGUUCUGGGUGUACUUGGCUACUCAGGGAAUCAAUCCAAAGGAACAUCCAGUGAAACAAGAACUGGAGAGAAUAAGAACAUACAUGAACAAGGUCAGAGAAAUUGCAGACAAGAAAAAGGCAUCCAAACUCAAUAAAGGAGCUGCUUCUAGAUUUGUAAGAAAUGCACUCUGGGAACCAAAUGCUGAAAAAGAACAUACCUCCGAAAGUCCUGCUAAAGGGAAAAAGAGAAAGAUGGACUAAAUUUUUGUUUCCUCUUAUAUAAAUUAGAGACACCUAGAACUUAUUUCAAAAUGUGUUUCGAGUACUGUAUGGAUCUUGCAGAGGUGCUGUAUAGCACCAUCCUGAUGAAGAUCUACUUAAGAAUUUUACAGGAUUGUAUUUUGUCUAGAACACUUGUCACUGAGGUGAUUGCAUUGUAUGUGCAUCUGAAGGUGCCAUUUGAUAUGGGAGAAGUAACAUUUCAUUAUUAAAAUGAUAAUGACCUGACAUACGCUUGCUGGUAAUAGAUACUAGUGAUGUUUUUCUCACCAUGCCUAAGAAUUCCGUUGUUUUUACUGCUGAAUGAUUGACACUUUUUUUAUAUGUCCUUAAUCUCCCAAAUAUUAAAAAGUCUCAAACAAUGCUCUCCAGUCUGUGGUAUUUAUGAAAGAGCCAUGUUUACUUUCUCAUUACAUCACUGUGUGAAAUGCUGUAUUUAUAGACUUUCGUAAGGUUUAUUCACUGUGUUAAACUGUUUCCUUUUCAGCUUCUGAACUUGAAUGUAUGCCAUAUUCCCUUACUUCUGUUGCUUCUGAGAAAACCAAGCUUCAAGGGCCACAAGCAAACAGCCUGGAUUCCACUCUAAGCCACUGUGUCUAGUCAAUGGAAAAAAUAGAUAUCCCCAAAGGGCAAUUUGUAGGGUCUGAAAGGAGCAGGCUGGGGACAGCUAUUAGGAAACGGCACAUGCAGGAACUUGAUUGGAAUUUUGGCUGCAGUGUUUAUCCCUUACUGCUGACAGAGAGAAAGAAAUGUGCUCUGAGUUGGUCGGAGCGUGGUCACCCAUUGCUAUUUCUCAGAUCUUCAUCAGGGAAAGCAUUCUCUGGUGCUGUAAAAACUACUGCUCUGUAUUCCAGAUAAUCCAUUUGUUUUUCUCAAAAUGUGAAUCUUAGUCAUUUUGGAGGGAAGGUGUGUUGGUUUCUUUAGAAGAACCUCCCUAGUUCAUUUUUCAAUACACUGCAAAGCAAAACUCAAUUAUCUGCCAAAAGCUACUUAACAAUUAGCGGUCACCUAACUACUUACGAAGGAAAAAUAAUUUAGUUCACUAAAGUGCAGCUUAGGUAGCAGUCUACAAAACUGGUUAGGAAAUCCUGUUAGUAUGAAAGACUAAAUAAGAACAAAUGAAUCCAGUAUACCUAUAGUACUGCAAGCUGAAUCAUGUACAGUGGAUGGUUAUUGUCCUCACAGAGUUGUACUGCAUCAUGCAAUGCAGAAUAUGAACUAAAUGAAAUUAGGUGCUAAAAUGAAGGUCCUCUUGUCAUUGACUGUCUCAAAAUAUAUAUUGAAAGUAAAAGUUCAAUACAUUGACAAGUUUAUUAAACUCAAAUAAUUGUUGCAUAUCUCCAGAAACUUUUUCAGUGACUGGUAUAAAUUUACACAUUUUUGGUCAUGACAAAUGCUUUGAAUAAAUAGCAUUUCCUUCAAUCCAACUAACAAGAUAACUUGAUUACAUAGAUUUUCAUGUAGGUACCUAACUUUGCUGCCUCAGAUCUACAGGACUGCUCAUGUGAGUAUGCAUACCAAGAGCCCACAAACAUUAGCCAGCUGAAAGCUAAAAUGAGAAUGCUUUAUUUCUACAGUUUAAUGUCAUGGUUAUGCCGAAUGAAAGAGCUGUUGGACUCUGGAGUGCAAUGCAAAAGACCCAAAGUAUGUUCUUGAUCAAAGAUAGCAAUACUUGUGUAAAGCGGUUCUUCUCUUCGUGUGCUCAGUAGGUUUGGACAGAGUUUAUUUGGAAGUCUGUGCCUUUUCUCUUAUACCCCUUUCAACCUGAUACUGCAAAUGACAGCUGCAGACUAUUAGAAACAAAAUUUGGCUGUAGAGGUCUGUGUGUGCAAAGCAUGAGGUUCAAAUAUUAAUCUCAAAACCAUCAAUUUAAAAAAAGAAAAAAGGCCAGGUGUCCUGUGAAUUAAUUGGGAAAACAAUAGGAUAGAAGUGGUCUGAAGUGGCACAAGCCAGAGCAAUUUAAUACAGAGAUUUUCUGGGAGAUAACGUCUUUUACUUUGAGAGGCAUUGUCUUGAGGAAAUGAACAGCUCAGCUUGUAUUUAUGCACAGUGAUGUUAAUUAAAAGGGGAUUGAAGGACAUUUCCAUUACAUGAUUUUCCUCUUAAGCUUCAAUUAUAGCUUUUGUUUUAAAAGGAUAAUUUCUGAAAAGGAUCAUAAUUCAGUGUCCAGUAAAGUACACAGGUUUCAUUGGUAAAUGUUUAGACAAGAAUAAUGCAAGGCUAUUAGCUAAGACUUAACUGAGGUAGAAGUCCAUCUGGUAUAAUGAAUUAUAUACAGGUAUUUGGCAUUUGUGAUAGGGCAGUUUAAAUAGAUGUAACAAAUACAACUUUGUAAACUUUUUUUUUUUUUUUUUAAGGAUUGUAUAAUUCAUUAUGUCUGUUCACAGCCUGGGAUUUGUGGCUUUUCUAACACAGAAAACAACCUAGACAGGUGCCCCACAAACUAAGAAGUGUCACCCUUUGCUUGUUACUCACUAAUAGCCCUACUAGAAAGAGGCUUGAAAUGCUAAAUCAUGAAUGCUGUUUUUUUUGUAUCAGUGCAGUGUUUGUGGAACAUCUAGACUUGAAGAUAGCUAUUUAACUUUACUGCUGUUUCAAAUGUGAAAUGACUUGAUUGAACAUUGUUCAUGAAAGUUCCUCCAUGGAGAAGCUACAUGACUAUUGGAAUAACAAAUAAUAGCUUUCCUGCCUCAAAAUAGGAGGCUGGCAAGGAGAACAUUUAUUGCAGUGGCUGUGUGCGUAAAUCUGUAUGAGCCAUAGUUUGUAGAAUGGUUCUAUAGGGCCUGAAAGGGAAGGAAAACUGGGACACUUCUAGUCCCAUUGCUGAAUAUAGUGCAGAAAUACCAAUUCUGCAUUAGUUGAUGCCAGUGUAAUGCAAAGAGUUACUGUUGUAAUAGUACAUUAUUGGUACCAGUGAAUUAAAGUAUUAAUUAUUUAAAAAGAACGUUAAGUGUGUGUGACACCUCCCUACUUUGUCUUGAUUUUGUUAUAAAUAUAUUGUGGGUUAAUUAAUAUUAGAUAUACCAGCUAAGGGAAGCACUAACAAAAUUACUGUUUCUGAAAAUGUUUUUAACUAAUGCAAUGAGAAAAUGAUGUAAAACUCAAAAGUUAUGGUAGAAAUAUGUAUGUAGUUGGACUGACUAGAGUUAGUCAGUGAUGUCAAAAUUAGAAGUUUUUGUGUUCUGGCUUUUAAGUUAAAAGUGAAAAUAAUAUUUCUUUUGUUAAAGAUUGUGUUUUGAUAGAUGCAUUUUUACUGUGUUACCUGUUCUUGGAACUUUUAUUGAUUUCUAGUCUUUGCACCAAGAAAGUGCUGAGGUGGGCAUGUGAAGUUAGUAGCUAUGACUAGAAUUUGAUAUGAGGUUGCAUGGGGAAUUUUCCAAGUUUACCAAGAAAAUAUGUCAGAAUACUUCAGAAUUUUCACAAAUUUCAAACAAAAACGCAACUCAAGAUUUUAAGCACCACUAGUGUUAGUGUUGAAUAACUGCAUUAAAAUAGCAAACAGCACUUAGGGACAUCUGAGAAGUUCUGUGCUUGGCAAAAUUUGUAGGUCAUUGGAUAGUAGGGACUUGACUUGAGAAACUAGGUCUUCUCCCAGCUGCAUAAAGUUUCUACAUAUCUACUCCUAGAAAACCUCUCUCUCUGACAGAGGGUUUACUGUGGCUGCUAACAAAGGAGGAAUCUUACCAGAACUUAAAUUCCCACCCAUAUAAAUGCUAGCCAUGAGUUGGGAAGUCAACACAUCACCGGUGCUCAUUUCUACUCCUUCAGUAUUUUUAUUAUUCGAGAACUCCAUCCUCAAGAGUGGAUGUUUUAUUAAGUCAUCCUAUUUUUUCCUGGCCUUGAAAAUCAAUACUAGCAUGAAGCUUUGUCAGAAAGUAUUAAUGUUGCAGUUUCAUUGGAGACCUCCUCAAAACAGUUACUUGGAGUGACAGAAGUUAAACAAACUUAAUUCUCUCAGAAUUAAGAAUUUUCUUGGAUUUAAGAGGGUAGACCAAAAUUCACUUUUUAACUGUGGGGCUGGGACCAUUACAAAUGUGAAGGGAAAACCUGGUUUUCAUAGUAAAUGAUAUACUUUGCCCAGGGGUUGAUAAAGACCUGGUUUUGCAGCCCCAGAAGAGGCGACCUUUGUUACCUGGAUUAAGGCUUCUCUCAGCUGUUGGCCACGGGAAGGCUUUCAGGAGUUGUGAACAGCAAACUUCAAUCUGUAACUGGAAAACGUGUGGAGGUAUGUUGGUGUAAGUGGCAUUCUGUGACAUAGGGUUCCUUCUGGCAAGAUCUCACUGAACUUUUGACUCAAUUCAUGCAGAUUCUCUACUGCAAGCAACUGCAAACCCCCCUUAUACCUAGAAGAAAACUUUAUUCUCUUUAACAUCACUCCAAGCUAGGGUAUGUGCCACUUUUUUCAAUAAAAAAAUGAAACAACUUGAUGUCAUUUCUUCCAUCAGACAUGGCUGGCUGUUUAUGUGUAGCUGUUUUAGAGUGUUAAAGUGUAAGGAAACAAUAGCAAACUAUUUUUGAUGCAAUCUGAAGUUGAAAAAAAUUAACUUCAGCUAAACAGUGACAUGCAAAUCGGAAUCUAAUCGGAGAAAUUAUCAUGAGGCUUUGUGGAAAUGUUCUGCUUCUCCAAAAGAGUAAGCCUGACAAACUUCAAGCCAAAGAGUUUCCAACUUAGAGGGCCAAAAUAAUUGAAACUGGUUGCAUCCCAAAUGUGAGCGGGUUAUUCCUUUGUCAUAAACUGAGAUCUAAAGAUGCCAAAACACGGCGUUAGUUAAAAAGAUUGUAUAUCUUUCUUAGAAGUUUACUUGCCAGUGAUUUAACAAAAAAAAAAAAAAAAAAAGUGUUAGGC